AUGACUCAAUCACUCAAUAAAUUGAUGAAAAUCCAUAAAAUGAUCGCUACUAUUAUCAAAGCAGUGAUCACAAGAAUCAUUUUUGCAGCCCACAGUGCAACAGCAAUUUGGCAAGUUGUUCAUUCACGCGACUCGAACUAUUGGCUCCUUGCGAUUCCACUGGGAUUUUUAUUUUUUGAAGGAAUUUUUACACUCACAAUCAAGCAAAAUCAAGAAUGGCGCUGGUUCUGUCCAUCAGUAUUUUUUUACUUGCUUGGAGUGGUUCCCGCAAUAUGGCUUCUCGAACUGGACAAGAUGCGCAAGCGAGAAAAUAUGACAAUCGCCUCCGUUGGAAAAGAUUUCAAAAAUUUAGAUAAAUUUUUGGGGGUCAAUAUUAAGUUGCCGAACAUUGAAGUCGAUGCCGAGACGUGGGUGACGUUAAUUGAACAAUUUUUGAUGUUGAUAUUAAUUGUGGGUCGUUGGCUGUUACCGAAGGGCGAUUUAACGAGAGACCAGUUGAGUCAAUUGUUGUUGGUUUAUAUCGGAACCGCUGCCGAUAUAAUUGAAUUUUUCGACUCAUUCAAAGACGAAAAGAUCGCAGGAGAUUAUUUACUCGCAUUUUUAACACUUGGCAUCUGGUCUUGGUCUCUCAUGCAAUUCACGAUCGUUUUAUCAGCUACUCGAAGUCGAAAGCCGCGCGGAACAGGCCCCGCUCAUGAAGAAGAGGACGACGAAUGUUGCGGAAAAUACUGUUGCGGGAUCGAUGCAUGGGGUAUCGUGUUGAAUAUUUUACUGCAAGAUGCACCUUUUUUGACAUUUCGACUUUUGAUCAUCAUUCAUUACAAAAUUAUCUCUUACAUGAAUGUUUUUUUCACUUGCAAAAAUACUCUCGUGAUAUUACUGCAACUUUACCGCUUGUACGUCGUUUACUCGGAAAAUCACAAACAUAAAAGAAGAUCACAGAAAUUUGUCCGAAAUCGUCAUCCACCUUACGGAUGGGACGUUCGCAGCUUCGAUUCUGGCGAAGUUUUCAUGAUUAGCAACGGAAAAUAUGAACGCCCUCGACGAAUUCGCAGGAUGAACGAUGAUUUCACGGAAAUAUCUGAACGUCGUUCGAAUCGUUCUCGUAAAGACACGGGAUAUUCAACAGGAUCCUCGAACGAAAAUCGUCACAGAAUUAAAAGUCGUAAAAGUGAAUCUGAAAGCAAUUAUCGGCAUCACAAUCGAAGUCGAAAGAAACAUUCAUCACCGCCAAGUGAUACCGUCGAAAGAGAAAGAAAAUCCAAAAAUCGUGACAAAAAACGGAAAGUUCAUCCGGAAUCUGAUGAUGAGAGAUACGAGAAAAAAUCAUCGCGACAACAAAAACGUCUUGUGGAAGUGACUGAAGAAUCAGAUCGCAGUCCCGAAAGUGAUCGCAAGACAAAACGACAUCCGAAGAAAAAGAAACAUUUAUCAACCGAAAGUGACACAACUGAAUCAGAUUAA